AAAAAACAAACGCUUGUGUGGCGGAUUCACUCGCCCCCCGCUCUCUCUCUCGCUUUCUCUCUCCCUUCCUUCCUCUCUCACACGCUCUCUCCCUCUCUCUCACUCUGUUGGAUCUACUGAGAGAGUGAACGAACAAGGAGUGGAGGAGGUUCGAUUGGGACGGAGUUGACCGGUUUUCUUCUUUCAUUCGGUUCUUACUUGAGUACCUGAGUGCGCAGAUUUGAUGAAAACUUGAACUGUUUCUGAAGUCAGUUCGGCACCUUACGGUUUUGUGUAUCCACUCAACUGCUGGGGAUUGUGUUUCAGAAAUAUGUGCUGAUUUGAACCAUUCAAGAUCCACAGCUCGUUCAAUUGGACAAAAUAUGAGCCUUGGUCUCAAGUAAAUUUGAACAGUUUUCGUGGCUUUCUAGUUCAGAAACUCUCUGAACAGUCUGAAACUUGUAUACGCAUGUACCUGUUAGGUCCUCCUAUUACUUCACUGUAAGUGUAAAGCUCUGGUAUGUAGGGAACGGUUCGGAAAGUGGGACGGGAUCUUUUUUGUCAUUGAGGUUGUUUACUUUACCUCACCCAUUUUCCUUAUCCUUGCAAAAGUUUCUCAACUUUCCUUCCUAAAAGGUUUAAUCUUCAAAACCUUGGUAGUUUAAAGGUUAGGAGCGGUCAGCCUCUGCCCCUUCUAACCCUUGGAAUUCUUUCGUCAAGAUCAUGCAUUAGCAAGUUACACAGAACACUCUAGCCAACUGUAAGCAAAGACUAGAAGAAGAAGGUUUUGAAGCAGACCGUUUCUGAACUGAGUAUAUCGUUUAUGGAAUGAACCUUUGAUCAUCUGUUGUGGAAACAGAGGACUGUAUUAUGGAGCAGUCUGAUAGAAAAGAAGAGCAUAUCCUAGAUCUGGAGAGUGGUCUGGCUUAUAGUGCAGAGCAAAACUCAAAGGUUACUCUUUCUGACAAUGGACAAUCAAAUAAGGCACCAGUUAAAGUUUGGAGUGGCUUUGUGAAGUUGGAUGGAUCUGUAAAGGGAAUAGAUGCUGUAGUUUUUUGCAACAAUGCCACUAAUGCUCCAAAUAUUCAAGUUGAAAACCCAGAGUUAUUUACGACAAAGAAAUUGGGGGAAGCUAAGCCACAUUCUAUGGAGAAAGGACAUGGAAAAGAAAAAUCCAGGAAACCUAGUAAUAAGAAGCCUCCAAGACCACCACGUCCCCCUAAAGCACGAACCUUGGAUGCCGCAGAUCAGAAGUUGGUCCAGCAGAUCACAGAGCUUGCAAUGCUGAAGAAGGCGAGGGUUGAAAGAAUGAAAGCGUUGAAGAGGAUGAAAGCCAAUAAAGGAUCGUCUUCAAAUGGUAGUUUAUUGGCCAUGAUCAUCACAAUCCUCUUUUGCCUCGUUGUACUACUAGAAGGUGCCUUCCCUCAAAACAGUUCUGGUGUGAAAUUUCAAGGUUCGCCUGUUCCUGCCAUGGCAAGAGGGCCAGCCUUAAUAUCAGUCCAGUUUAACAACAAUGACUCUGUGGGAAGCACUGCUUUUCCGGCAUCUCCUAGUGGGAUCAUAUUGCAGAGAUCAGGUGCAGGUAUAGAUGAAUCAAGCUAGUAAGGCACUGAAAAGCUGUUCCUUUCGACGGAGAGUUUUUCCUGCAGAUGUCGAUCGCAGCUUGGGCAACUUUUCUGUACUUCCUUAGAAAUCACAGUGGCUGAUGGGUGCCAUUGUUUGUUCCUCGGGAACUUUUGCAUAUGUACAGAGUUUUCCCCUGGGUGAUUGUGCAUAUGUACAUAAUACAGUUUUUCCCUGGAAUAAAAUUAGCUGAGAAAGAAAGGAACUUAUUUCGCAA